CUCUGGUUCUCUGGUCCUCUGGUUCUCUGGUUCUCUGGUCCUCUGGUUCUCUGACCCUCUGGUCCUCUAAUGUCUUCCAGACAGUCCAGCAGGGCCUUCACUGAGAAGCCGUCACUGUGCUUCAGCGGCAGAUAGAGCUGAUAGUCGUCAGCGUAGAAAGGAUCUCCAUAUCUCCUGAGGAUGGAGCCUGAAGGCAAUGAGUAUAAAGAAAAGAGUAGAGGUCCUAAAACUGAGCCCUGUGGGACCCACAUGAUGAAAGAUGAUUCAGUGUCUGAGACAGAGACAGACAGAUCGGCCCGGUAGGUUCCAAACGGGUCCAGAGCCGCGUGCUGAACGCCUGCUGAAUGAUGCAGACCUGAUAUUAAGGUACUGUGGUCAGCAGUGUGGAAGGCAGCAGUCAGGUCAAGCAGAACCCAGACCGUAUAGGUACCAGAAUCACACGCCAGCUAAAGUAAACGCACCCAGCGAGCAGCUGCCUGCGGGGCUGUCUCUGCUUCACUGCAGCGUCAGAGCGCAGCUCAUAAGCCGAACAUACAGAACCUGCAGCAUCAGCAUCAGGGGAGAGUGGUAGCAGGGAACCUUAUCUGCCUCCCUGCAUUAUUAAUUAUUAUUUAUUAAUGUUAGGAGAUAGACAUCCCCUGCUGGGUGGAGCCACAGUCAUGUCCGCAUCAAGGUGUGUGAUGCUAGUCUCCCUCUGACAGGUGAUGUAUCAGGAUGUCUGACGGGAAGCAGCGAAGUCUGUCCACCUCUGGAGAGUCUCUGUAUCUGAUCCUCGGCUUGGAGAAAGGCUGCGCCCACGAAGAUAUCAAAAAGUCCUACAGGAAGCUGGCGCUGCGGUACCACCCGGACAAGAACCCGGACAACCCGGAGGCGGCAGAGAAGUUUAAGGAGCUGAACAACGCUCACUCUGUGCUGUCUGACCUGACCAAGAGGAACAUCUACGACUCUUAUGGCUCUCUGGGACUUUACGUGGCCCAGCAGUUCGGAGAGGACAACGUCAACACCUACUUCAUGCUGUCCACCUGGUGGGCCAAGGGUCUGUUCCUGCUCUGUGGCAUCCUGACCGGCUGUUACUGCGGCUGCUGCCUCUGCUGCUGCUGCAACUGCUGCUGCGGAAAGCUCAAACCCACGGCCACAGGUGAGGGGGCGGAGCCAGAGUACGUCUCCCCUGACGACCUGGAGGAGGAGAUACGCAACAGUCCUGACAACGAUGUUGAGACCCCGAUGGUCCACCAGCCGAGCAGCGCCAGCGAGAAGACGCAGCUGAUCGGCGAUGGGCACCGCAGAUAUGGAGAACCGUACACCUGAAGGAGGCAGUGGAACCCAAACACAGCUGGCCAGAACAUCUUCAAGUUCUGCACCAAAAAACAAAACACCCGAGAUGUUCCAAACAACAAAACACGACAGACGUUCCAAACAACAAAACACGACAGACGUUCUAAAGACCAAAACACGACAGACGUUCCAAAGACCAAAACACGACAGAUGUUCUAAAGACCAAAACACAACAGACAUUCUAAAGACCAAAACACAACAGACGUUCUAAAGACCAAAACACGACAGACGUUCCAAAGACUAAAACACAACAGACGUUCCAAAGACCAAAACACAACAGAUGUUCUAAAGACCAAAACACAACAGACGUUCUAAAGACCAAAACACAACAGACGUUCCAAAGACCAAAACACAACAGACGUUCUAAAGACCAAAACACAACAGACGUUCCAAAGACCAAAACACAACAGACGUUCUAAAGACCAAAACACAACAGACGUUCUAAAGACCAAAACACAACAGACGUUCCAAACAACAAAACACGACAGAUGUUCUAAAGACCAAAACACGACAGACGUUCCAAAGACCAAAACACGACAGAUGUUCUAAAGACCAAAACACGACAGAUGUUCUAAAGACCAAAACACAACAGACGUUCCAAACAUUAAACCUAUAUGUUCUAAAGACCAAAACAGAUGUACCAAACACUAAAAUCCAACAGACGUUCUAGAGACUGAAACACAACAGACGUUCCAAACACUAAAACACGACAGAAGUUCC